AUGACCGUGCCGCCACGUACGCCGGUGCUGUCUGCGUCCCCCUCCGACGUGGGGAUCACGCCGUCGGCGCCGAACCGCCUCGAGAACCCAACCUUUGUCACCUCGCCUGCUGUCGGCGCGGCGCUCGCCACCGCCGCGGGCCAUCUGCGUGCCGGGCGCACGGUCGCGUUCCCUACCGAGACGGUGUACGGCCUCGGCGCGCAUUCUUUGAACCCCGACGCCGUGGCCAAAGUCUACGACAUCAAGGGCAGACCACGGGAUAACCCGCUCAUCAUCCACGUGUCCUCGCUCGCCAUGCUGCGCCGCCUCCUGCCGACCAACUAUGCCCUGUCGCCGCUCUACCUCGCCCUCGUGGACGCGUACUGGCCUGGACCGCUCACGCUGCUGUUCCCCAACCCUAGUCCGCCACCAGCCCCGGCCCCACAGACGAACGGCAUCCGCAUGCCCGACCAUCCGUUGGCGCUGGCGCUCAUCGCGGCCGCCGAUCUGCCCGUAUCGGCGCCGAGUGCGAACAGCUCCGGCCGGCCGUCCCCUACGCGCGCGGCACACGUCGCGCACGACCUCGACGGCGCCGAAGGGCUCGGGUGUAUCCUCGACGGCGGCGCAUGUGGGGUCGGCGUCGAGAGCACGGUCGUCGACGGACUCGGCUGGAAGCAGGGCGGCGGCGGCAGCGUCAACGUCCUCCGGCCUGGUGGACUCGGCGUGGAGGAUAUCGCAAAAGUCGUGGCCGCUGUGGACGCCAAGUAUGGCGGAUACACGGACAUCCUCGUGCACGGCAAGCCAUGGCGCCGUGGCUCGACCUCGACCGCGCCAUUGCCAAAGCCCAACCCCGACGCGGCACCCUCCACACCCGGCAUGAAGUACCGUCACUACUCGCCCCGCGUCCCAGUGUACCUCUUCCUCCCGUCGACCGUGUUCCCGCGCCCGGCGAUCAGCUCGAGCGUCACCGCGCCAAACGAGGUGGUCCGCGCACUGGCAGCCAAGACGCAGGGUCGGGCCGCCGAGCCAAAGUUCGGCCUGCUGCACUAUGCCAACUCACCCCUGUCCAAGGCACUGGCGUCGGUCUCAGGUGUGCAGAUGACCCCGCGCAGCCUUGGCCCAGACGCUACGAGCGCUGCGGCUGCCCUCUUUGACGGCCUGCUGGAACUCGAAGCUGAUGGCACUGAUGCCGGCGUCGACGCCAUCAUCGUCGAGGGUUGCGCCGACGACGGCCUCGGCCUCGCUGUCAUGGAGCGUGUAGGAAAGGCGGUUGGCGGUGGCGGCGUCACCGGCGCCCUGGGCAACGGGCAAGGCGCGUCCGACGCCGGACGCUUCUGGGUGCAGGUCUAG